ACGGGACGCGUACCGUGCUGGCUCAAUGCAGAGAGGCGGCACAAGCAAAGUGAAUAGCCAACACGGGAGAGAGCACAUGCGUCGACUUGGCCGGGUGUCUGAAACACAUUGAGGUGUUGGAAGUGUUCCCCGCUGUGGUGGCCCCUGCUGCACCCUAAAGUUAUCCCUGACCGAGCUACUGCGGCAGUCCCCAGCACCUCCCUCUCCUUGCCAGCGUUGCACUGAAGAAACCUCUGCAGUGCGAACACCGUCUCGACCGCCCAGACUCGCACCUCCUUCCGCUAUUGAGUCAACCUCCAAGACGUGAUCCACGGCCGCACACCGACUCCCCCCGACUCCCCUCCGAGUGCAUCGUGUACAACGACUCGCCCACGAUGAACAACAACCAGCAGGGCAACCGCCUGCAGCUCAACUUCGGCUUCGGAGGCGGCGACCGAAACAAUCAGUACCAGCAGGAAGUGGGCAGAGCAUUCCCCACGACGCCCUCAACAUUCCCGCAACCUGUAUACCCCAACCAGGCCGGCCAGCAAGAGGUCUGGGGCGCCCAGCAGGGCAAUGGCUACAAUGGCGGCGGCGGCUACUUCAUGAACCCCUACCAGCAGGCACAGUACCAAGGGCAGCAGGGCAACCUGCAGGCGCCAGGCAGCCAGCGCUUCGACCAGAGUGCCAAUGGCCUCGCCCAACAACUCUCGCACCAACACCUCUCGGGCGGCGGUCGCUCUGGAAGCCCGUACGGCCGACAAGGCUCGCCCAACCCCGGACGCCCCCGCACCGCAGACAACAGAGGAGGCUACGGCUAUGGAAGCCAGGGCGGCAGCUCAGGGCCCCGCCAGGGCCCCUCGCUGUACGACGAAGAGGCGCCCCAACGAAACCCCACAAAGUACUCGGAGAACGUAGACAAGCAGGCCAUGGUCUCCAAGAGUCUGAUCAACACCUUCUUCAAGGACAGCGUACAGCGGGCACGCGACCGGAAUCAAAGAGCUCUCGAACUCGACGCCAUCAUGAAGGAGCCCUCUUUCUCCGACAGCCGGAAACGAUCCAAAGAAGACAGCAUGCGCCGUGCCGAAGUCGAAUACUUGCGCUUCCUGCGGACAAAGGAGAAGCCCGACAACUUCUCCACGCUCAAGAUUAUCGGCAAGGGUGCUUUUGGAGAGGUCAAGCUGGUCCAACGGCGCAACGACGGCAAGAUCUAUGCGCUCAAGUCGCUUGUCAAGCAGGAGAUGUUCAAAAAAGACCAGCUGGCCCACGUACGGUCAGAACGUGACAUUCUCGCAGAGUCUGACAGUCCUUGGGUUGUCAAGCUACACACAACCUUCCAGGACAACACGUUCCUCUACAUGCUUAUGGAGUUUCUGCCAGGUGGUGACUUGAUGACCAUGCUGAUCAAGUACGAAAUCUUUACCGAGGACAUUACGCGCUUCUACAUGGCCGAGAUCACGCUUGCGAUAGAAGCAGUCCACAAGCUUGGUUUCAUUCACCGUGACAUCAAACCCGACAACAUCCUUCUGGACCGAGGUGGCCACAUCAAGCUGACAGAUUUCGGUCUUUCGACCGGCUUCCACAAGGAGCACGACGCAGGCUACUACAAGAAGCUCCUCGCAGGCGGCGCCCACAAGUCGAACCGAGACAACAGACAAUCCAUGAAUCUCGACCAGAUUCAACUCACUGUCAGCAACCGUACCCAAAUCAACACAUGGCGUAAAUCUCGUCGCCAGCUUGCCUACUCGACCGUCGGUACGCCUGAUUACAUUGCGCCCGAGAUUUUCAGCGGCCAGGGCUAUGACUACAGCUGCGAUUGGUGGUCGGUGGGUACGAUUAUGUUUGAGUGUUUGAUUGGCUGGCCGCCGUUCUGCGCUGAGGAGCCGCAUGAUACUUACCGCAAGAUUGUUGAUUGGCCGAGGAACUUGCACUUCCCUCCUGACCAGCAACUUGGUGCUGAGGCUGAGGACUUUGUUCGCCGUCUGAUAUGUGACGCCGAACACCGCCUUGGCCGCAUCGGCGGCGCCAACGAGAUCAAACAACACCCCUUCUUCAGAGGUGUUGCUUGGGACGGUCUCCGCCGUAUCCGCGCGCCGUUUGAACCUAAGCUGCAGAGUAACAUUGAUACGCAGUAUUUCCCCAUUGAUGAGAUUGACCAGCAAGAUACAUCUGCUGCGCAUCGGGCGCAGGCUGCGCAGGCGGCUAAUGAGGAUGAGUAUGCGACGAGUUUGCCGUUUAUUGGGUAUACGUAUAAGAGGUUCGAUGCGUUUAGGGGGUCGUAGACGCCGUUUUCGUCGUCGUUGGGUAGUGGGGAAGAAGAAGAAGACCAUGAUGAUGAUGGAAGAUGGAGGAGGCGUUGUUUAUGAGGUGGGUGGGGAGGGGGGAACCAUGUGUUCUUCGAACAUGAAAGCAAUAGCGGGCUCGUUCGAUUUAAGGAAGAGGACACACGAGGUUUCUUUGUCUUUUCCGUCCUUGUCCACUGCCCCAUGCCCUGUUCUUCCUCUACAAACAUGACAUAUGCUCUGGUUGGCUGGCGGAUACCAUCAUAUCAGAACCGAUAUAACUACUAGGUAGUGUUCGCGCAUUUGCGCGCAGAUUAUCAUGGCGGAGAGGGUGGUCACAAGGAAGAAAUCAAAAGGCUUUUUUUUUCUUCCCCCCAUCAGGUAAAACGCAGAUGUGGCAAGAGAGGUC